UAAAAACACUGCACAUACAGGCAGUGAGGGUACAUUUCCAUUUCGCAUCAGUGUCUCGUCUGCUCUUACUGUGUUUUAUUACAGCGUAUAUCGUUCCGAUAUGACUUCGCGCUUUGUCAUUUAGUACUUAUUUAUACGGGGUUGUUUUUUUUUUUUCGUAUUGCUACACACAACGAAAUACUCAAUCCAUAAGCCAUCAAGAAGCUGGUGUUUAGUGUUGUUUUUGUUGUUGUCUUGCGUGGAAAUGGAGCAGCGAAGGUAGAAAAACUGAGAAGACCAAUGCUCUUUGUCUCGGAGGAGUCUCGUCUUUUUGCAAACGGAGUGCAGGUGUGCGGACCCCCCAGGGAAAGCUGGCCGCCCCCGAGCAGCUCGUCAUGAGGUGCCCGGGACCUGCGGACGGGCGGCUCGCGGGGCGGCUCGCGGACGCCUUGGCUCGAGAGGCGCGUCUCUGGAAAGCACCCGUCUUCAAGAACGGCUCCAUUCAGGGCACAGAUAUUUUGGCGUGCCAGCAAGAGGAGGUGAUUUUAUGGCUAGGGAGACUGAGCCAGACUUUUUCCUUUUGUCCACAAACGUUUGCCCUUGCAGUAAGCAUUUUGAACAGGCUCCUGGCAUCAGUAAAGACACAGCCCAAAUAUCUUCGAUGCAUAGCCAUUACAUCUCUGAUCCUUGCUGCCAAAGUCAAUGAAGAGGAUGAGGUGAUUGUGUCUGUGAAGGACGUUGCAGUGCAGAGUGCGUGUAAUUGUUCAACAGCAGAGAUUGUUCGCAUGGAGAGGAUCAUACUAGCUAAACUCCACUGGGACCUUUACUCUGCAACAGCAGUUGACUUUGUCCAUAUUGUAAGUAGCAGGUGUACCUCUUUUACUUUCCACUGACUCUGAAACGCUU